CAUUUUUGCUAAAAUGGAUCAAACUCUUAAGAAAAUCUCAACUUUUACUCGCUGAUUUGUGAACAGCAUCGCCGGAUCCGCUUUCAAAGCCGUGUUUGCUGGAGGGCAAGCCUGGGCUGAUUGUAGUGGCAUUGUUCUUAAGGGUGGCGAUGUGAGGGCAACAGAUUUACUUGAUGCUUCCUUAGCAUCGCUUUUUGCAUGCAGUGGAGGAGGAUCACAGUCCAGGUGUUACAGCCGUAUUGUUAGGUGUCCCGUUUUCACAAAAAGCAGUUCAUGUUACUCCGCUUGGUGUAUUCUGCCUACUUGUCUGUGCGUCUCAAACGAUAUCGCUUGUAAAUCUAACCCCGACGUGCUCAUCUCGCGCAGCCAUUGCGCAGCCUUGUUUAAUUGCUGUUAUUUAUUUUGCCUUCAUUUGCCGCGUCAGCCAGCGGGGGGGAACACGCUCAGAUUCCGGGUGCAUUUUUACGUGCUAGGUGUGUCUCUGCGCUUCCAGGUGUGUGCGGUUUUGCUUAAAACUCAUCCCGCCGCCGUGUGACAUCGCUGUAAAUGUGCCGGGAGGGGAAACAAAAGCAUUAGAGAGCGACACAAGUGUCUGUGCAUCACCUGUUUGACUUCUCUGCCAUUGUAAUGCUGAGCCAGAUGCAUGCCCGGUGCGCGUUCUUCUAAAUGGCAUAUGCACAUUUUAGGCAAGUACAAAGCAAUCGAAGCUGAGGGUGAUGGGGAGGGGGUAAAAAAAGAAAACCAACCAAACCAAAACCGUACUGUAAACUGAUCUGCAACUUUUUGAAUCGCAUAAUUUAACUGCACGCUGAUUUUGUUUUAGCAGUCUUCGUCACCGAUGGAGGCAAGUUUGUGUGCACAAUUGGGCUUGCAAAUUGCUAAUCUCGCACUGACUUUGCCUCUCAGUUCCCAGCUGGGCAUGGUUACCUUGAGAGCUCUGGUAUCAGCACUGUCAGAGCAUGCUCCGGUGGGGAGAUCGGGUGUGUUCUAUUUUUAAUACUAUUUAAUGAAGAUGCUUCUCACUCUGCAAUAUACGAAGCAUAAUGGAAGAGCAGAGCGAUGAUUGGUUAUGGAUACUGGAAAAGGAAAAAUGCAAAGGUUGACUAUGGUGCGUCAAGCUCUCCGAAGGACCAGCAUGGAGAUUGGCACUCUGAACUGUUAAUGGGGACAUGGGACUCACGUCGUUGAUCAUUUGUGUGGACUUAACCAGCAAAGACCAACAGAAGACGCUAGAAAGGCAGUUGGAAUUAUAGCAGUUUUUCAGGUCACCAAAUCUUGUUAUUUUAAUUUCUGUCUGGAAGAAUGUCUGAGCAAGGUAAAUUGAACCAGGAGACAGCAGAGGAAGCUGCAAAAGAGCAGGAGACUGCCAUCUCUGAAGCCAACCCGGACAACUGUGUUCUUAAUAAAUCUGAAAGCUCAGAAGUAGAGGAUGAGAAGCUCAGUGAUUCCAAGACAGAGCUGCAGAAACGAGGGUCAAAUCAGAAAAAGAGAUCCAAGUCAGGAGCUAAGGGCAAACUCGUGCGGAGCCUUGCUGUGUGUGAAGAGUCAACCCCUCGCCCGGGAGCAGAAAAUCUUCAUGACAACCAGGAAUCCAUCCAACUACAGCUUUCAAGUUUUCCUAGCUUGCAAGAAGAAGAUAAAUCUAGUAAAGAUGACUCCGAGAAAGAAAAAGAGAAGGAUAAAAAUAAAGAUAAAAACAGUGAAAAAAGCAAGAUCAGAAUGUUAUCAAAAGAUUGCAGUCAAGAGUAUACAGACUCAACAGGCAUAGAUUUGCAUGAGUUUCUCAUUAACACAUUAAAGAAUAACCCCAGGGACAGAAUGAUCCUCUUGAAAAUGGAACAGGAAAUUAUUGAUUUCAUUAGUGACAACAGUAAUCACUAUAAAAAGUUCCCUCAGAUGUCAUCCUAUCAGAGGAUGCUAGUGCACAGAGUGGCAGCUUAUUUUGGAAUGGAUCACAAUGUGGAUCAGACUGGAAAAUCUGUAAUUAUCAACAAGACCAGCAAUACAAGAAUACCAGAGCAAAGGUUUUCUGAACAUUUAAAAGAUGAAAAAGGUGAAGAAUCCCAGAAGCGAUUUAUCUUGAAGCGAGAUAACUCUAGUAUUGAUAAAGAAGACAAUCAGUCAGUUUGCUCCCAGGAAAACCUUUUUGUGGAAAACAGUAGGCUGUUGGAAGACAGUAGCAUAUGCAAUGACAUGCAUAAGAAAAGACAGCUGUUUAGGGGUAACAGAGACAGCAUUGGGAAGACAUCUGGCAGUCGACAGAGCAGUACAGAGAAUGAAUUGAAGUGGGCAGACCACCAGAGGCCAUGGAGCAGCACAGACUCGGACAGCUCAAAUCGAAAUUUGAAGCCAGCCAUAACAAAAACAGCCAGUUUUGGUGGGAUAACCGUCCUGACAAGAGGAGAUAGCUCAUCAAGCAACAGAAGUACCGGCAAACUGUCUAAAACAGGCUCAGAGUCUUCCAGCAGUGCUGGCUCCUCAGGAUCACUGUCACGAAUACAUCAGCCUCUCCAAAGUGCAUCAUCUCUUGUCCCUGGGGUGACAGCCAACUCUUCAGGCAGCGUGUCCUACCCUGAGAAUGGGAUGAGUGGCCAGGUGGCCCCCAGCAACACCAGCUAUAUCAUUCUUCCACUUGAAGCUGCAGGGAUACCGCCUGGCAGUAUCCUUCUCAACCCUCACACAGGUCAACCAUUUGUAAAUCCUGAUGGGACACCGGCAAUAUACAAUCCUCCCAGUGGCCAGCAGACAAUGAGGAGCCAGGUGGUUGGACAGUCUCAGCAGCAGCCUUCACCCCAGCAGCCUCAGCAGGUUCAACAGCCACAGCAGCAGAUGGCAAGUCACCUUGUCACACAGCCUGUUCAGACAAUGCAGCCAUCUUCUCAGUCAGUCCAAUAUCCAGCAGUUUCUUAUCCUCCCCAGCAUCUCCUGCCAGUCUCUCCAACACAGCAGUUUUCUGUGCGAGACGACAUGACCGCGCAGUUUAGCCAGAUGAGCUUAAGUCGUCAGUCGUCGGGAGACAACCCCGAGUCGCCUUCUGGCCCCGUGUACCCCUCGCCCCUCCUGCAGCAGCCUGCCCAGCAGCCAGGUUACAUCAUGGCCUCCCCGAGCCAGCAGCUUCCCCCAGGAGGCUUCACGGGUUCAGGACCACCGGUGUCCCAGCAGGUGCUGCAGCCGCCGCCGCCGCCCCAGGGCUUCGUGCAACAGCCACCGCCACCUGCUCAGAUGCCAGUGUAUUAUUACCCAUCUGGUCAGUACCCUACCUCAACAACUCAGCAGUACAGACCCAUUGCCUCAGUUCAGUACAACGCACAGCGGAGUCAACAGAUCCCCCAGGCUGCCCAGCAAGCAGGUUACCAGCCUGUCCUGCCAAACCAGCAGCAGGGGUUCCAGGGUCUCAUGGGAAUGCAGCAGCCACCCCAAAGCCAGAACCUGAUGAAUAAUCAACAGGGGAAUCAGGUGCAAGGCAUGAUGGUGCAGUAUCCAGCCAUGUCAUCCUAUCAGGUAUUUAGGAGCUGUAAGGAAAGACUUUUUUAUUGGAGAAUGCUCUAUUGAAUUAGGUUUUUGCAUCACACAGUGCCCUUAUAACUUCAUUUGGUUAGUGUGUGGCAGGAAGCUUUCUGAUGAAUAUUCUUCUAAGUCAGUUUCUUUGCUUCCUAUUUACAUGGUUUUAGUACUCCUGAUUUUUGUUCUGAUUUUGAAAUGCUUCAAAUGAACUAUUUAUUGCAGUCUGCAGUGAGGCUAAUGUCACAAAGAACGAAGGAAUUAGACUUCUUCCUGUGAAGAAAAUUAAUUUUAAAAAAUAUAAGAACAUUGUUCAUUUCUUCUCUUUUUUGCCAGUGCAGUACUGUUUCCUGUAAUGAAGUUGAGGGCUUUGCCUGAUCCAGUUAAAAAUUACUCAUCUGUGGAGACUCCUGCCAAGGAUCUCACCAUGUCUUCUAUAACAAGCUGUAGCCAGAUGGAUUAUUGUUUAUUGGGUUCUGGGGAGAGGGAAGGCAGUGGCUUGAUUUUUACCAAGUCCGUAAGUUACCCAGACUUAUUUCCCAACCUUUAUACCUAGUUUCCUUGAGUUAUGCCAAGCGCAUGUGAGAGGUGGCCUGUGCUUACACUUCCUACUGGUCCCUCUGGAAAGUUAAGAAACUACAUGACACCCAAAUCAUUUUAAUAGAUUGCACUGAUUGAGCAGCCAUUCCCCUUUUCCCUCAGCUUCUUUGAAAACACUUAGUGAGACAGAUGGAAAUAGGGAAAUUGCUUGAGGGUAAAACUUUCCCCUUACAUUUUCAGGAUUACUAUAUCAAAAACACGUUUUAAAGGUUAAUGAUCAAGUUAAAGGUUUAGACCUUUUAGAUGGCCUAGAUAUACCAGGGCUGAGUCUUCUGUUUGCAUUGAUCCCAGUAAUGCGUAUUCUACUAGGUCAUGACAGAGACGCUUUCUAGGCCUACAAGCAGAGGGAAUUAUCUUUAAAACCUUCUGUAACAAAAAAAACCUCACAGAUGAGAACAAUUCUGAGCAGCAGAAAAUAGGACAUUUUGGCACAACACAGUACACUCAAAUUCAUCUAGAAGGAAUAUAGGGAUACUGGGAGCCUACUUUAACUUGCUUAGUAAUUGCUGUCUUUUUCUUCCUACGUCUUUCCGUAUUCCUAUCUAGGUGCCAAUGACCCAGGGUUCUCAAGGAUUGCCGCAACAAUCAUAUCAACAACCAAUCAUGCUACCUAAUCAAUCAGCUCAAGGAACACUUACAGCCACUGGAAUGCCUGUCUACUGUAAUGUCAUACCUCCUGCCCCACAGAACAACCUCCGGUUGAUUGCCCCACACUGCCCCUCCAAUAACGUUCCAGUUAUUUCUGCCAGCUGCAGGACAAACUGUGCAAGCAUCAACAAUGCAGGGUGGCAGGUCAAGUAUUGACACUGUGGCUUAGAUUUAUGAGGAUAGAGGUGCAUUAUUUGACAAAUAAAUCAUGGCCUUCAAAUGAAGAGGAACACAACAGAAUAAUCAGUUGAGGACACGAGUACUGACAAUGCUCAAGUGAUUUGCUGCUGGAAAAACCUGUAAAAAGUAAAAUAAAUUUUGGAAAAAAAAAAAUGUUUGCUGGUUAAUGGUGCAUAUUUUUGUCAUGUCUGCUAGGUAUGCCUUUAUAGCUUAGCUAGUGACAUGAAUUCAUUGAGGUAAGAUUUUUUCCUACCACUGAACACCACUGUGUAGAUUGUAAUAUCCCUGAUUCGGAUUAGUUUUGUACUUUGUGUUGAGUUUGUGAAGCUAAAAGUAUUUAAAAAUAUAAUAAAAUCACAUUGUACCAAAGCUGUAAUGGAAAUGAAAAAAAAAAACUGAAAACAAAAAGAGAAUACUGAAUGGAAGGAAUAAUUUAUAUACACUAUAGAGUUUUUUUAUGGAUAUAUACUGUAUUGUAGUGCUUAAUCACAAUAAAGCUAUUUGACCUCAUGAAGGAAGGUCAUGUUUCUA